CCGCAUUAAGUGAAGAAGGGUGACGAGUGAGCACCGUCUGGCACCGAACAAAUCGUCGAGAUGGCUGGUCCGUAUUUGUCCUCUCUGCCUGGCGACCUUCUCACUGAAUACAUGUUCGGGCGAAGACGGCAGAGGCGGAACAGGACGACUUUCAGUCCGCAGCAGCUCCAGGAGUUGGAAGCGUUGUUCCAGAAGACACAUUAUCCAGACGUUUUUCUCAGAGAAGAAGUCGCUCUAAGAAUAAGCCUAUCCGAAGCCAGGGUACAGGUGUGGUUUCAAAACAGGCGUGCGAAGUGGCGGAAACAAGCCAGGCUGCAGUUGCUUCAAGACGCGUGGAGGAUGAGAUGUUUGGGCAUCACGUCUCCCCAAUUAAUACUACCAGGUAGACCCGCGGCCGUACCGCCGAUGGAACCCGGCAAAGAGCUAUCCGACAAGCUUCCCGAGUUCUCCCCAAUGGCACCCAUUAACCCGACGUCUUUUCCCCUUCGAACUCCCUGCCACUAUUCUCCAGGAGCUGAGUCGACUAGUCCGAAUUCGCUGAGAAGCUCACCGAGUCCUACCGACCUUUCGCCAGGUGUACCGGAUGACUUGUCGAUGACCAAAUCUACAGCCGUUAACGACGCGUCAUCGCCCAACGUCGGGAAGAAUUUGGAUGGUACUUUGACGGGUAACGAUAAUGGCGCUCCGUCUACUACGACGCAGGCGUAAUUGAAUAGCUGAUUUA